AUGCAGUUUGACUACAGUGGCACUGGCUUCUUGGACGAUUCCGAAAUCAAUGCCAUGUUUCAUUACUUGGGCUUUCCUGAUCCUUCGAAGGAUGAAGAAGUCAAGGCCAUGAUCAAGAAGCUGGACAAGAAUGGCACAGGGAAGGUCGAGAAGGAGGAGUUCAAGCACUUUGUAGAAGAGUUUGGAGGCUGCGACAUUCUUUUCGAGAGGCGCCGCGAGAAGACGCUCAGGGACCGUGCUGGCUCCUCGGCGUCCAUCAGCGACCGGAGCAGGGAAGAAAUCCAGGAUCACUUGAUGGCUGCUGGUAUUCAUCCUGAUGCUCAAGCUUACUGGGAGCUGGUCCUGCCUCCAUCAGAGAUUGAGAAUGUUUGCCUUCUCACAGAUUGUCAAAAGCGCGCUGUGUCGAACAUUCGGCAGAUCGCCAAGGUGAACCAUCAGCAGGCGCUGCCAGUUCUGCAGAGACGCGUGAGCAAGCUGGGGUACAAAGACAUGGACUUGUGGACCACUCUGUCUUUUGUGCGUGACUUCGCGCCUUUGAUCGUCCACAUCCACUUCGACAGGAUGUGGCAGUUCAUCAUUGAGGACACGCACUACCGUUCGCAGUUUGAAACUGGCAAAUCCUGCGGGCUCAAUAACCGGGAAGUCCGUGACAGAUGGGAGCGCGAUCUUUUUCAAGGCGCCUACACCGGCUGUCGCGAUUUCGAGCGUCCCAAGUAUGGAGUCCUGAACGUGCACAACGAUUACCGCGGAGUGGUUCGCGCCAAACAGUACGGAGACUGCUACAUGGUUUUGAAGGACGUGCGCUUGCGUACGACCUUCUCGCCAGAGGACUCCGCCAAUCUGAAGGCGGAGCGCCUGGCUUGUCUCGACUAUUAUGCUCACGUCCUGAAUGAGUACACAGACGGGGAGCUGGUGGAGACGCUCAAGGUAGCCACGACAGGCAAAAUGGGCAGUUCAGAAUCCAUCGUGGCAAAGGGCCUCAAGUACAAAGAGGCCCAAUACCACGGGGAGAUUGCUUGGGCUCGGCAUGUCGAGCGCCUGGUGCUCCCCAAGGUAGAGAAGUACGACAAUGACGAGAUGAAGACCCACAUCAAGGCGGAGGAUGCUUCCGACGCCAAGAUCAGCGAAUGGCGAAACAAGUUGAAGGCCAUGGCCGAGGGCCCCUCCGAAGGUGUGAAGGUCCCAGAAGGCUUCUGCGUCAAGGGCUGCGGCAAGCCAGUGGCCCCUGGGAAGACGAAGAGGGGCAACCCCUUCAAAACCUGCUGCAGAGGAUGCGCCCUGGGAUUUGGGCACGACCUUCAAUGCGGCCUCAAGGACGGAGAGCGACCUCCCUGCAAGAUGGGAUGUGGCUUGCUUGCUGCCCCAGGCAAGACUGCACGGGGUCGCCCCCUGGACACCUGUUGCCGCAAGUGUGCCAAAGCCGAGGACUCUUGCACAGAAACCUAUUGCGCUCUAGGUCGAGGGACGGUGGCCCAAUGUUUGUUGUGA